GCUAUGCUGGUAACUCUGACUCUGCCCACUGUGUCUCUGGAGCUCUCAGUGAGUUUUAAACUGGACACCAGUGGUUUGUGUGGGAAGUAUUUGUGGUUGCAGCGGCACCAAAGAGGCAGACGAAGACAGUAUCUUCUUGCUUGAGAAGAUGAUCUGCAGGAUCCUGCUGCUCACCAUCCUCACCUCGUGUGUCUCUGGAUCAUUUGUAGUCAAUGUGACACAGACCUCCUAUCAGGCAGAGGAGAACCACAACAUCACACUGGAGUGGACGUUCACCACCAAACCUGACAGAUCCACCAGAUCUCUUUUUAUCCUUUGUAGCUUUUCUCACAAAUUGCAUGAAAUAUUACCUGACCGUGUAAUCCCAGAAGUAUUAACCCCAAACAAAACCUUGUAUCGUGUGGAUCGUGGUGAAGAGGUCACAGAUUCUCAGGACAAAGACUUUACAGGAAGAUUGUCUAGUGACAAAGACGCCCUCAGAGAAGGAAGAAUCAGACUUCAACUGUCCAGACUCAGGACUGAUGACUCGGGUCUGUACCUGUGUGAUGUGAACACUGAUCAUGGUUCUGGCUAUAAGAGCUGUCAACUCAAUGUCACAGCAGCUGAUGAACUUCCUUUGAGUCCUCGAGCAGAGAGACGGAGAAACAUCAGCUUUUCUGCUGGAGUGUUACUGCUGAUUGGAAUACCAGCAGCAAGUGCCGUGGCUCUUUUUGUCUGUGUUUUUUGGGUGAUCUUUUGUAAAAGCGGAUGAGAUGUGGGAGACACUCCUUGUGGAAGAAAUGGUGAUCCUGUUAGUCUAAAUUUCCAUCAGGAUGCUGUUUUUUACCUUUAGUUACAGUCAUAACUCUGUCUUUGUUCAACAUCUGUUUUAAAUGAUAUAUAACAGAAAAGCAAAGCAAAGCUUUUCUGUGUUGCAUUAUGUUCCUGUCAGGGUUUGAUCCAAAGUUAAUACAGCACCAGUGACUGAUGUGAGUGUACAGGCUAUUAUACAAAACAGCUUCUUAUUGUAUUUUGAUGCAUGCUCAAUCAUCCAGGUAAGUAAAUCCCCA